UUUAUGCUGUGAACUAGAUGAUAACCAUUUGGCUGCUUCUGUUGGGGGGUGCCACAGCAGAUCAUUUGUCCACAUUCAUCAGUAUUUGAGUUGGCCCAGUUUUUACACUGGAUUUCCUUCCUGAUGCGAACCUACUAUUGCACUGAUAUGUGUCCCACCAAUGGCUAGGUUCACAUUACACCAAGCACAUUGUUCAGUUCAUUUGUACUGCUGUUCCUUUCUAGGCAUCAUGUCAUCCAGUGGAGAUAAAAAGAAACCCUCCCAGACUGACGGCAAGGCCGGCCCGAACAAGAAGUCUGACAUAGGCUUCGGCAUGAUGGCCUACAAGAUGUAUGUUUUUGACCAGGAGAACUUCCAGGGCCGCAUGAUCGAAAUCAACGCAGAGUGCAUGAACGUAUGUGAAAUGGGCAUGGACAGGGUCAGAUCUCUGCGCGUGGAGUGUGGCCCUUUUGUGGGCUGGGAGCAGAUGAAUUUCUGUGGUGAGAUGUACAUCCUGGAGAAGGGUGACUAUCCUCGCUGGGACUCCUGGAGCAACUGCCAGAAGAACGAUUACCUGCUGUCAUUCAGACCUGUCAGAAUGGACCCUGAAAAGCACAAGAUCUGCCUGUAUGAGGUGGGUGACUACAAGGGCCGCAAGAUGGAGAUCAUGGAUGAUGAUGUGCCUAGUCUGUACUCCCAUGGCUUCACUGACAGAGUGGGCAGCAUCUUUGUCAGCUGUGGAACUUGGGUGGGUUACCAAUACCCCGGCUACCGUGGCAGCCAGUACCUGCUGGAGAAGGGUGACUACAGACACUUUAAUGAAUACGGUGCUCGAUGCCCUCAAAUGCAAUCCAUCAGACGCAUCCGUGACAUGCAGUGGCACCCACAUGGCUGCUACACUAUGGCCAGUAAGUGAUGCUUAGGCCAGGAGCGGAAGAGACAAAGUGAAAGAGAACCCGAGGGCCGUCGGAGGAAGGAGAGGAGGAAAGACAUCUGAGGACACUGUGCCCCAAAAUAUGUUUUACGUUACUGGACCGUGUUUAAGGGUGACAUACUCUCUGGUUUAGACUCUGCAUUCUGGUGGAAAGCAUCAAGAUGAUGGAAAACACCCAUGGUUAUAUUCUUUAAUUUCCUGUACAGAAUCCUGGACACAUUUUGAAUAAUAAACACAAUAUUCAUACCAA